UGAACGAUUUGACAAUAAUCUCCAAGACUUCGGACUUGCAGCUUCUGUGUCACGUAAACAAAUAGUUUAAAAUUAAAAUGAUUCGUGCUGUUGUGUUCUGUUGCUGCAUGGUGGCUUUGAUGCCUUUCUCAGCAAAUGCUAUGACAGAUGAACAGAAAGAAAAAAUCCACGAGCACUUCGAAAAGUUAGGUCUAGGCUGCCUCAAAGAAAAUACCAUCACUGAAGAUGACAUCAAAGAUCUGAGAGCCAAGAAAGUACCCUCUGGAGAGAAUGCUGGUUGUUUCCUAGCAUGCAUGAUGAAAGAAAUUGGCGUCCUCAAUGAUGAAGGCAUGCUUGAAAAGGGACGAGCAAUGGAACUAGCAAAGAAGGUUUUCGAUGAUGCUGAGGAAUUGAAGAAAAUAGAAGAAUACAUGCACUCUUGCUCAUCUGUAAACUCGGAAUCCGUUGGUGAUGGCGAGAAAGGCUGCGAAAGAGCUAUGCUAGCUUAUAAAUGCAUGGUUGAAAAUGCUUCGAAGUUCGGUUUCGACAUCUAAUGAAUUUAUCCAGAUUUAAGAAGUAAUCAAUGACAACAGCGCUAACGGACAUAUAAUGUUAUAAUGGUGUAGUAAAUUAUUUAGUAAAUGGUGAUAUUUCAACAGCA